AUGGAAGGUUCGGGCGAUAGUUUUGAGUAUCUUCUUCAGCUCACUAAAACGCUCAGUUCCCAAGCAUGGUCGGCAAGACAGCAGACGGAUAAAGUGGAACAAUCGCUAAAGAGGCUCGCCAAACAGCACUACAUUCCAUAUAAAGAGUACUCCAAGCCACCUACUGCAGAAGCCCUAGAUGAAUUCGCCCAAAUCAAGGCAAAAUCGCCAGAAGAACUCAUAGUAGAAGAGAAUUACAGGUUGAUGUACCAAAUUCAACAGCAAGAGUAUAUCCACUCAAAAGUAUGUCUUCUGGUGCAACAGAUCAACGAGAUGAUUGUGUCCAUUAGAGACUUCAUAGUAGAGUACAAGGCCACGGCCCCUCAUAAACAUCAAGAGUUCGUGGCAGCAAACGUCGCCAACCCGGUUCAAUCGCUAUCUUCAGCUCAAACGGCUCUGGAAAAGGGCCAUAAUGUCGCUAACAAGAAGGUAGCAAUGCUCAUAGAGGAGCUAGUACUGGCGUGUAAAAACGUACCCUGGAACAAAAUUGAGAAAGACGACUUGGCUUACCAGCGGUUCAAGUCCCUCGUGAAAGAUUUUGAAGAUAAGUACAACAUACAGCUUGUUUCUGAAUCGUUAUUAUUGACUUGA